AUGAAAACUUCGCACUUUUUCUUCAAACGUUGGUUUAUGUUUUUGACUGGCCUUGAGCUGCUCGAAAUUGCUACGUGGACUGGUAAAAACGCUGCUGGCUGGUAUGCGAAUACGCGUACUGGCUUUCUACACUUUGAGAAGUACAUUGGCCAGUAUUUCCUUAAGCAUGUCGUUCACAUGAAAUCCUCGAAGCUUAAAGCCGGCCUGAAAACACCAUUUGGGAGCUGGGUAAUCCCAAGCACCCGUACACCUCCUCUACAACCACACCAAAUGCGGGACUUACAGCAUCUGGAGUUCCGGGAAAUGUUCAUCAGCCCCGAUCUUGCGGAUUUAAUCACCGGUCGGAGUCCUCAGUGGAAAGCCUCACGCUUUACAACUGUUAUGUGGACACCAAUUGAAAAGCGUCGCUGA